CUUAAUUAUGAUAAUUAGAAUAAAUGGAUCUGCUUAUACGAACGUAAACAAAAGAAAAAUUUGCGAUCAGCAAUUUUCUUAGCGUACUUAGUAUAUAUAUAAAUUAGCGUUGAACGCUAGAAACCAAUAUGGUGUAUAGAAAAACGUGGAUGCUGUUCCUCUCUGUUGUUGUGUGGUUGCAGAAGUGUGUGACGUUGAAAACCCACACACCACCUCAUAUUGUGUUCAUUGUGGCCGAUGACUUAGGUUGGAAUGACGUCAGCUGGCAUAACUCUGACCUCUUGACCCCUAACCUCGAGCGGCUGGCCAGAAAUGGAAUCAUCCUGGACUCGUCUUACGCACUUCCGUCAUGUACCCCGUCAAGAAACAGUUAUAUGACAGGAAUGUAUCCAUUUCACACACGACCCGACCCCAUUGAACCCCCCGAACCCUACUACAUCCCACUCAAGUUCCCACUCCUGCCCGAGAGGCUCAAACAACUGGGUUACUCGACCCACAUGGUGGGCAAGUGGCACCUAGGGUUCUGUAACGAGAAGUACACACCCACACGGCGUGGGUUCGAUUCCUUUUUUGGCUUCUACAUCGGCAGUCAGUGUCACUACUAUCACGAUAAAGCUGGCUACGUCCAGAAUGAGGACUCGAUCAACUUGUCCUUAAAGUCCCCUCACCAUGUCCUCGUCCAGAGUCUGUUGGCGGCACGUAGGAGGUACUACGUCACAGGGAAAGACUUCCGGUUCAACGACACAAUUUGGCGGGAAACGGAGGGGACCUACUCGACGAUCGCAUUCGCCAACCGUGCUGUUGACAUCAUCAAACGUCAUGAUCCGGAAGUACCUCUGUUCUUGUACCUGCCAUUCCAGGCUCCACACACACCUGUGACGGUUCCUUACCAGUACUCACAACUCUAUAAAAACAUUGCCAGCCCCGUACGUCGUGUCUACUCAGGUAUGGUGAGCGCUAUAGACGAGGCUGUGGGGAACAUCACGCGAGCUUUGUACGAGAAGGGUUUCAUGGACAACUUGUUGCUUGUCUUCACCAGUGACAACGGCGGCCAACCGGAAAUGGGAGGUAACAACUGGCCCCUGAGGGGAGCGAAGAGUUCGGUAUGGGAGGGAGGGACACGAGUGCCGACCUUCGUGUACAGUGAGUCCCUCCUUCAGAGGAGGCGUUACGUCAGCAACGAACUUCUACACUCCGUUGACUGGUUCCCCACGUUUUUGGAGGCUGCAGGAGGUCGACCAGAGCGUGGCAUUGACGGCAAAAGCCAGUGGUCAAUGCUGACCAAAGGUCAACCUUCAGGACGGAACGAGUUUGUCUACCAGAUAAGCUCUGACGGGAAGGGGGCGUUACGGAUGGGCGACCACAAGCUGCUAGUGGGAAAACCCGGUCACCACAAUGGCUGGUACGCCCCGCCCAGUAAGACAAAAAUCUCCAAGUGGCAUUACAAGGGAGGCAAGUUCGACAGUGUCGCCUACACUAACGAUGAGUAUCAGCUUUACAAUAUUAGAGAAGACCCAGCAGAACGUACCAACAUCGCCAAAGAUUACCCAGAGAUUACUAGGAAGAUGUUGCGACGGUUCCAGUACCACAACUCCACCAAGGUGCCAGCCUUCAAGAACAUGAGGGCAGGGGAUGGACACUCAGACCCGGGGAAUUAUGGGGGGUUCUGGAGCCCGGGGUGGUGUUGAUGGUAGUAGG